CGUGUGGUAGGAGGAUAACCGUAGCAGCCUAUCGACGACCACCUCGUCUACUGCAGCAGCCCACUACAGCUCAAACUCUAAGGGCUACUAGCUGGCCCACCAGUCACCCCUCCCCCUUACUGUCACCGUCACCCUUGGCUCGAGCAUCUCCUCAUUGUGCCAAACUACGGCAAACAAGCCAAGGAGAAGGGCCCAAAGGAACGAGGACCUGUUCCCCUCCAGAGUCAGGCAUGCCCUUCACCCACACCAUGGAUUUCUCCAUAGACAAAGAAGACUUCUUCCAGUUCUCCUCGUCGCCGAUUCCUGGGUCUGAGGUUGGCAGUCCUGCGACAGGGCACCCUGCUCAGCACCACCACCAGCAGCAGCAGCAGGAGCAACAGUCUCGACCGCCUUCCGACUUCUUUGACCAGUACGUGGUCAUUGGGAGGGAGGGCGCCGACGGUCAUGAGCAGGGUCACAGCACAGAUGAGAACUUCUUCGUACCCAUCCAUGGAGAGGAGGGGCUAGACACAGACCCUCGCCACCACCAACACCAACAACUUCUCCUCCUCCCAAACCAGCACCACUACCAACAACAACAGGCUAGACUAGCAGGGGAAGUCCUGUCCCGUCCCGCGUCAGCCUUGUCUCCCCCAUCCUCCUCUUCCUCUUCCUCCCCCCCUCCCUCACACCAUCACCCGGUAGGCCUCAGGGUAGACGGUGCUGCAUCCCCGCCGGAGGAGUCAGCCGACAUGAUGUCGAUCACAAACUCCCCCCCUUCCCUGUAUGGAGGAGGGUCUAGUGGCUCCUCUGAUUCGGCAUCAGCCAAGUCGGGCGGGUCGGUGACGAACCAUCUGCAGCAGCAGCAACAGCCGCAGCAGCAGCAGCAGCCGCACACGCACCGUCCCUGUCAGAUGGGCCCACACCAGGACCAGCAGAUCGCGGCAGGGAACUCAGCUCCGCGCGGUCUCGAGGGCGGCGAUCCAGGGCAGGCUGGCGGCAGGUGUAGCUCAACCAACCACGUCGUUCUCGGCCACCUCAACCCUGAGACAGUGGAACAAAGGCGACGGCUCCUUAGUGGCCGGCGCGGGCUGGGCGCGCAGGACCAGCCCGCCGGUGGCUCCAUCUCAGACUCUGAGCUGCUCAGGCUAGAGGGUCUAGCCGUGAACUCACCCCACGGCACGGUCGCACGUACUGUUGCGCCGUCAUCGACUGCUGCUGCUGCUGCCACC